ACAAUAACAACAACCAACUGACCGAUAGUUUUUUGUUUCUUUCUCUUUGUGAUUUACUAAUUAAUACAAUGAUUGAUUCUUAAUUAUUAUUGAUUGUUCUUUUUCUUUGUUUGAUUGUUGUGUUAGUUGAUUGACUUGUUAACAAGAAGGAAAAAGAGAAUAAAAAAUUGUUUCAAAAAAAGAAGAGAAAAUCUAAUCCAAAAGAAGAAAUUUGUUCUUUUAUGUUGUCAACCAUCUUAAAGUUACUUCCAUUCAAUCGGCUUCCCACCGAAAAUUACAAUGAAAAUAAUUGUUUAAUUCUAAUUUAUGUUUCCUUCAAUAGAGUAGAAUUUUCUCUUUAAUCGUCACCAAUAAUUCAACAAUCAAAGUUUCCCAAUUUAAUGUUUGUGUUACCUGUCUUAUUACAUGAUUAACUUUAUUUCUUAAACACAUUAAGCCUGAAAAUGUUUCCACCCAUGGACUCAACUAAAUCAAAUGGCUCGCCCAGUGUUGGGCAUCAUCUUCAAACUGACCAAUUGUUUAAUAAAAUUGCCGCAAUCAUUAUAUUUACAUAUUCUACUUCUCUGUUGAGUGUUUAUAUGUUAGUUAAUGAAGAGGUUCAGCAACCAUAUAUGGAUGAGAUAUUCCAUAUUCAACAAGUGCGUUCUUAUUGUGUUCACAAUUUCACACAUUGGAAUCCAAAGAUAACUACUCCACCCGGACUCUAUUUUACAACAUGGGUUCUAUUCAAACCUGUAUCGGAACUUAUCGCCUUCGGUGAAGAAGAUCCAAACCGUAAAUGUCCAGUUCCAUUGGUUCGAUUCAUCAAUCUACUAUUCGCUAUUGGAAAUGUUAUUCUCAUGUAUCUAAUUAGCUAUAAACAAAAUAGAUAUUCAGCUAAAAUUUGUCGAAUCAAAACUCUGGUAUCAGCUAUAUCAUUAUCGACAACCCCAACUCUUUUCUUUUUCAAUUUCCUCUACUAUACCGACUCUGGGUCACUAUUUUUCAUUCUUGCCAUGUAUUUAAUGCACAUUAAUGACCAAACUUGGAUUGCAUCACUUUUCGGAUUCGUUUCAUUAUUUUUCCGUCAAACUAAUAUUGUUUGGUGUUUCUUUUUCGCCGCUUACUCUUCCCUAAAGAUUUUACAGGCUGCUUUCGAAAGGUCCAAGAAACGCUCGAAACUUUUCUCCAAUCUCAUUUCAUCCAUUCCUCAAAUACUCCUUAGCCAGGGUGGCUAUUUAAUCACCGGAAUUCUAUUUGGUGUAUUUGUAUUCUACAAUCAAGGAAUUGUUCUUGGUGAUAGAAGUGCUCAUGAGGUUACUUUUCAUCUUGCACAAUUAGUUUACUUUCUUUUCUUUACUUUUCUAUUUGCUGUCCCAUGGAUAUUGUUGACUGGAAGUUUACGAAAAUUUAUGGCCUAUUUUUACAAGAAUAUGACCACCGUCCUUUUAAUUUCCAUUGCAAUAAUUGUAAUAAUCAAAUUCCAAAGUUUACCACAUUCCUACUUGUUGGCCGAUAAUCGACAUUUCACCUUUUACCUUUGGAGGCGAAUCCUUGGUAAUAGUGAAUCAUUUAUCCGUUAUACUCUUUUACCAGUGUGCCUUUUAACGAGCUGGUCUUUCAUUAAUCUUAUCCACCGUAAAGAUAAUCUAUGGAAAUGUUUAUUUAUUUUAUCCAUUUGUAUCAUAGUGAUACCUCAGCGACUCUUGGAGUUCCGUUACUUUGUACCUGCAUUUAUCAUCUGGAGACUCAACAUUUUCACCAAUUCAGCUUUAUCAUUAUCCUUGGAGCUUAUGUACAACAUGUUAAUCAAUGGAUUAACUUUUUUUAUCUUCCUUAACAAACCAUUCAAAUGGUCAAACAGUGAUGAGCUUCAACGUUUCAUGUGGUAAUGGAAUUGUAUUGAUUCAAUUUAACUUAUCAUCAUAUUCAUCAUGGUGAUUGUCACUUGUCCACAUAAUCAGAUAUUAACCAUAACGAGAAGAGAAAAGUGUAUCUUGAUCAAUAAUAAUAAAAGAAAAAAAAAUUAAUUUCAUCACAAUAA